CUGAAAGGCCACGCCAUAUAUAAACGGGAGCCAAGUCACCGAAACUGUCUGUAAACAGUUACUCUACUUUGGCAUUUGCUCUAGAGUCUUCUGGAAAGAAAAACCCACACUCCUCUCUCUCUCUCUCACUCUCUCUGCUCUUCUGCUUCUCUCUCAUGGAGUUUUGGGGUGCUGAGGUUAAGAGUGGAGAGCCCCUUGAGGUGUAUCCUGGUGAUGGUUUCAUAUUGCAUCUUUCACAGGCUUGUCUUGGAGAGGUUAAGAAGAACAUAGGAAAUGAAAGCGUCUGCCUGUUUGUGAAAGUUGACAAGCAAAAGCUUGUUCUUGGAACGCUCUCUUCUGAGAAUUUCCCCCAGUUAUCUUUUGAUCUGGUGUUUGAAAAGAAAUUCGAGUUAUCUCAUAACUGGAAAAAUGGAAGUGUUUACUUCACCGGAUAUAAAGCUUGUCCACCUGAACAUGUCAUCACGGGUGAAGUUUCUGAUUCACAAGAGGAUUUUCCAGUUGUUACCCAUGAUAGCGGAAAAUAUGAGCCACAAGCUAAACCAGCUGCAAAGCCUGAUGUUACUGCAGCUAAGCGGGUGAAGAUUGUGGAGCCAAAUAAAGAUGAAGACAUGGACGAAGAUGAUGUGGAUAAGGAUGCAUCUUCGAAUGAUGAUUCAUCUGAUGAAGAUAAUGUUAAUGAAGCUAAGGCUAAGGUGAAUGCCAAGGAAGAAUUCAGUGAAGAUGACGAUAGUAGUGAUGAUGAGGACAGUAGUGAAGAUGAGGAUGAAGAGACGCCAAUGAAGGCCAAAGCAAGCAAGAAGAGACCCUUGGAAUCUGCCCAAAAAACACCUGUUCCUGAAAAGAAGGCAAAGUUGGUGACUCUUGAGAACACCGAGUUCAUUGUUGCAGAUGGCAAGAAAGGUGGUGGCCAUGUUGCAACUCCUCAUCCUUCAAAGAAGGCUGCAACAAAGCAGCAGACUCCAAAAUCAGGAGCAUUCCCUUGCAACUCGUGUAACAGGUCUUUCAACUCAGAAAUUGGUUUGCAGUCUCAUACGAAGGCAAAACACAGUGAGAAAUGAAGUGCAUGGUAAAGUGACAUAGAAAUUCCAAAGUUAUGUUCAGUCUAAUGUAAAGCAAGCGUGUAGUAUGUUGUCUGUCUUUUGGUUAACUUCGUUGGAAUUAAUUGACAGUAACUUCAGUAAAGUUCUAUUUGCAAUCUGAUUUAGGAUUGAUGUAA